GAAGGUCAGCAGAGGAAAGUGGAAGUUGGAUUCUGAACGGUCAGGGUGCCCACAGAAAUUUACUAGGGGUCGGGAUCUUGGAGACUUGAACAACUAGACUGGGGCUUCUCCUUGGAUUUCUUACUUGUUACCUAUCUUUGUCUUCUCUCUUCGGACUUCAAGAUGAAUGUGCAGGCUUGCUCCAGGUGUGGGUACGGAGUAUACCCUGCUGAGAAGAUCAGCUGUCUAGACCAGAUAUGGCACAAAGCAUGUUUUCACUGUGAAAUUUGCAAGAUGAUGCUAUCGGUUAAUAACUUUGUGAGUCACCAGAAAAAGCCAUACUGUCAUGCCCAUAACCCCAAGAACAACACUUUUACAAGUGUCUGUCACACUCCAUUAAAUCUAAAUGUGAGGAAAUCUCCAGAGGCCAUUUGUGGGAUCGAUGACCAAGACGAUGGCAAACGGUUUAAAUCGUUUUUUCACUGGGACAUGAAAUCCAAGGAUGGGGCGGCUGCACCUAACAGGCAACCAUUGGUGGAUGAGAGAGCCUAUUGGACUGGAUAUGGGGAAGGGAAUGCUUGGUGCCCAGGAGCUCUGCCAGACGCUGAAGUCGUAAGGAUGGCUAAGGCUCAGAAGUCACUGGGUGAGCAGGAGUACACAGAAGACCAUGAGGAACAGCGGGGCAAGGGCAGCUUUCCAGCCAUGAUCACACCUGCUCAUCAAAGGGCCAAGAUAGCCAACCAGCUGGCCAGCCAAGUGGAGUACAAGAGAGGGCAUGACGAACACAUCUCCAGGUUCAGCACAGUGGUGGAUACCCCUGAGCUUCUCCGGGCCAAGGCGGCGGGACAGCUUCAAAGUGAUGUGAGAUACACAGAGGACUAUAAACAACAGAUAGGGAAAGGCAGUUUUCCUGCUAUGACCACGCCUGCUUAUCAGAUAGCCAGAAGAGCCAAUGAGCUUACAAGUGAUGUGAGGUACCAUCAACAAUAUCAAGGAGAAACGAAGGGAAUGGCUGGUCCAGUGGCUGGAGCUGAGGGCACAUUGACAAAGGAAUAUGUGGACCAGUAUGGCCAGCAGGAUUACUCAGAAGAGUAUGGCGAGCGCAGAGGAAAGGGCAGCUUCCCGGCCAUGAUCACCCCGGCUUAUCAGAAUGCUAAGAAAGCCAAUGAACUCGCUAGUGAUAUAAAAUACAGGCAGGACUUCAAUAAGAUGAAGGGCGCUGCACACUAUCAUUCCCUCCCAGCCCAAGACAACCUGGUUCUCAAGCAGGCUCAGAGCGUGAACAAGCUUGUGAGUGAGAAUAAAUAUAAAGAAAACUACCAGAACCACAUGAGAGGCCACUAUGAAGGAGUUGGGAUGGACAGACGGAUGCUCCAUGCUCUGAAAGUUGGAAGCCUGGCAAGCAACAUUGCCUACAAGGCCAAUUACAAACAUAAUGCUCUCGACUACAACUACCCAGCCACCCUUACUCCUUCCUAUCAGACAACAAUGAAACUGCUUCCCUUGAAAGAUGUCAACUACAGGCAAAGCAUUGACAAGCUGAAGUACAGCUCUGUGACCAACACCCCUCAGAUUGUUCAAGCCAAAAUCAACGCCCAGCAACUGAGUCAUGUGAAUUACCGUGCUGACUAUGAGAAAAAUAAGUUGAAUUACACAUUGCCACAGGAUGUACCUCAGCUGGUGAAGGCCAGAACCAAUGCCGAAUUGUUUAGUGAGGUUAAGUACAAAGAAGGCUGGGAGAAGACAAAGGGGAAGGGAUUUGAGAUGAAGCUGGAUGCCAUGUCUCUGCUGGCCGCCAAAGCCUCUGGAGAGCUUGCUAGCAACAUUAAAUACAAAGAAGAUUAUGAAAAAGCAAAAGGCAAAGUCCUGGGAACUACAGACACGAGGCUUCUGCACUCCCUGCAGGUUGCCAAGAUGAGCAGUGAGGUUGAAUACAAGAAAGGCUUCGAAAAGAGUAAGACCCACUUUCACCUGCCCAUGGACAUGGUCAACAUGAGGCACGCUAAGAAGGCCCAAGCUCUGGCCAGUGACCGGGGCUACAGGAAGAAACUGCAUGGAUACACCGUGCUGCCUGAAGAUAUGAAGACUUGCUGGGCCAAGAAAGCCUAUGGGCUGCAGAGUGAGCUGCAGUACAAGGCCGACCUCUCGUGGAUGAAAGGCGUUGGGUGGCUGACGGAAGGCAGCCUCACUUUGGAACAGGCCAAGAAGGCUGGGCAGCUGGUCAGCGAGAAAAACUACAGGCAGAGGGUGGACGAGCUGAAGUUUACCAGUGUGGCCGACAGUUCCCAGAUGGAGCACGCCAAGAGGAGCCAGGAGCUGCAGAGUGGGGUGGUCUACAAAGCAGGGCACGAGCAGUCUGUCCAUCAGUACAGCAUCAGCAAAGACGAGCCUCUCUUCCUACAGGCCCAAGCCAACGCCGCCAAUCUCAGUGAGAAACUGUAUAAGAGCAACUGGGAAAAGCAGAAGGCGAAAGGAUUUGAGCUGCGUCUUGACUCCUUGGCCUUCCUGGCAGCCAAAGCCAAGAGGGACCUGGCCAGCGAGGUGAAGUACAAGGAGAACUAUGAAAAGUCCAGAGGGAAACUCAUUGGGGCUAAGGGUGCCCAGGGGGAUUCGCAAAUUAGCCACUCACUGCAAAUGUCCAAGCUGCAGAGUGAACUGGAGUACAAGAAGGGAUUUGAGGACACCAAAUCCCAGUGCCACGUCCCCCUGGACAUGAUCCACCUCGUGCAUGCCCGCAAGGCUCAGCACUUAGCCACAGACAUAGGCUACAAGACGGCAUCCCAUCACUUUACAGCUUUGCCCACAGACAUGAAGGUGGAAUGGGCCAAGAAGGCUUACGGUUUACAGAGUGAUAACCAAUACAGGGCAGAUGUGAAGUGGAUGAAAGGCACGGGCUGGGUCGCCACCGGGUCAUUAAAUGUGGAGCAGGCGAAGAAGGCAGGAGCACUCAUUAGCGAGAAGAAGUACCGUCAGCAUCCAGAUGCUUUGAAGUUUACCAGUAUUAAAGACACUCCGGAGAUGGUCCAGGCCAGAAUUAGUUACACCCAAGCAGUGGAUAGGUUAUACAGGGAACAAGGAGAAAACAUAAAGCAUCAUUACACACAGACAGCGGAUCUCCCGGAAGUCCUGCUGGCCAAGCUGAAUGCCAUGAAUAUCAGUGAGACGCGUUACAAGGAAUCCUGGAGCAAACUUCGAGACGGUGGCUAUAAACUGAGAUUGGAUGCCAUUCCGUUCCAGGCGGCAAAGGCUUCUGGUGAAAUCAUAAGUGAUUACAAAUACAAAGAGGCAUUUGAGAGAAUGAAAGGGCAGAUGCUCGGCUCCCGGAGCUUGGAAGAUGAUAUCAGCCUGGCGCAUUCAGUGUACGCGAGCUCUCUGCAGAGCCAAGUGAAUUACAGGAAAGACUUUGAACACUCAAAGGCACAGUUCCAUCUGCCAUUGGACAUGGUAACACUGGUGCACGCCAAGAAGGCUCAGACCCUGGCCAGCGACCAGGACUACAGACACCCACUCCCCCAGUAUACGUCCUUGGCCGAGGACCUGAGGCUCAGCUGUGCCAAGAAAGCUCACAGGUUGCAGAGUGAGAAUUUGUACCGGUCGGACCUGAACUUCAUGCGAGGUGUUGCCUGUGUCAUUCCAGGCACGUUAGACAUUGAAGGGAGAAAGAGAGCAUCUGAACUCAUCAGUGAGAGUAAAUAUCGUCAGCAUCCCCAGUCAUUCAAGUACACGGCCGUGACAGACACUCCCAGCCUCACUCAUGCAAAACUCAGCAACCAGAUUACAAACGAGCGCCUCUAUAAAGCAGCAGGCGAGGACGCGAGACACCAGUACACAAUGACCCUGGGCCUGCCCGAGUUUGUCCGAGCGAAAACAAACGCAGCCAACCUGAGUGAUGCAAAAUACAAGGAGUCUUGGCGGAAUCUCCGUGUUCAAGGCUACAAGCUGACAAUAGACGCCCUCCCCUUCCAGGCGGCUCGGGUCUCUGGAGAUAUAGCCAGUGAUUUUCUCUACAGGCACGACUUUGUGAAGGAGCGAGGGAGGCUGAUCGGGGCCCAGAGUGUGAGAGACGACCCCCGGCUCCAGCACUGCCAGCGGAUGGGCCGGCUGCAGAGUGAGCUUCAGUACAGGAGGGAGGCGGCAGGCAACAGAGCCCAGUGCCACCUGCCCAUGGACAUGGUGCCCCUGGUCCACGCCAGGAAGGCCCAGGCCCUGGCCAGCGACCGCGACUACAGGACACGGUGCCACGAAUUCACGGCACUGCCCGAGGACCUGAAGAUGGCCUGGGCCAAGAAAGCUCACGCCCUGCAGAGUGAGUUGCACUACAGAUCAGACCUGAUGGGCAUGAAGGGGACAGGAUGGCUGGCGCUGAGUUCCCCACAGAUAGAGAGUGCAAAGAAAGCCGGAGAGCUCAUCAGCGAGACCAAAUACCGUAAAAAACCAGACACUAUCAAAUUCACCACGGUGGUUGACUCUCCAGACCUAGUUCAUGCCAAGAACAGCUACAUGCAUUGCAAUGAGCGCCUGUACAGGUCAGGGGAUGCCGAAUCCCGGCACAGGUACACCCUGGUCCCAGACCACCCCGAUUUCACCAGAGCCCGCCUCAACGCGCUGCAUCUGAGCGACAAAGUCUACAGAAACUCUUGGGAACAGACCCGGGAUGGUGGCUAUGACUUCAGGCUGGACGCCAUCCCGUUCCAGACCGCCCGGGCAUCCAGGGAGAUUGCCAGUGACGUUAAGUACAAAUCAGACUUGAACCUGACCAGAGGUAUUGGCUGGACACCUCCUGGCUCCUACAAAGUGGAAAUGGCUCGGCGGGCUGCAGAGCUGGCCAACGCGAGGGGCCUGGGUCUCCGGGGAGCUUACGGGGGGCAGGAGGCUGUAGAGACCGGAGAUGAUCAGAGGGGGGAUGUGAACCCAGAUGCCACCGAGAUUCUUCACGUCAAAAGGAGGAAGGCCCUGCCGUUGUGAGUGGGCGGUGUCCACCUGGGAUUCUUGGGAGAGAAGCUGGAGAGGAAGUUUGCACGCCAGGGACAUACAUGGCUUCAGUUGGGGCCAACUGUGAAAACAGCACCCCAGCCCAUGCUCCGAUCCUCCUUUAUUAAAAUAACAACUCUCUGAAA